AUGAACCUAGGGAGAGAUGAGCGCCCGAGCGUUAAUCAAGGCCAUGGGCAACCGCAUUACAUAGAUAGCGAGGGCAUCAGAGUUGAUGCUAUCGUGUCUGCGCCUUACGCCUGCGCCUUCUGGUGUGCUGUGCCCUUCACUUUGGUGGACGAUAUCUGGGUCGAGGGUUGUCAGGUGGUGACGCGAGCGUUCUUGCUACCCCGCCGGCCGGGGCUGGGGUUCGAGCUGGAGUUGGUGCUGGUGGUAGACACAGCUGUGAGCUGGGAGCUGGGUCGUGAGGGGUUUCCACUAGCCAGUAACUGUGCCCGCUCUCGAGUGUUGCCAGGUCCAGGACUAGGGUUUCGAGAGUCUUGGACGGGGGUUGAAGCACCACCGGAGCCUUUCAGCAUCCGGCGUUUUGGCGAUGAUGUAAAAAUCGCCGGAUUUCACUGCCCCGAAAAGCAGGGAGCCGAAUCCUGGACCGGAAAGUGCCGAGCAACUACCAGUGGUCGAGGAUCAGUGUUCCACACACACCGCUCAGCUUUGGGGGGCCCUAGGGGAUUGGGUUGA